CUCCCUGUCAAUUGGCUUGCAGGUGUGAGUUAGUGUUGCAGCACCGUCCGCCAUUUUCUUUCGUCGCCAACAACACUACAGUUGUUGUAGUAGUAGUCGUCAUUACUACUUGUUUUCUUUUUUAAAUAAUUGUUAGCCCGCGUUACUUUUUUUAAUAGUGCAUUAGGGGCAAAGGCUUGAUUGAGCAAGGUGUUGGAGAGCCACGAACAGAAACUGUAACACGAACAUUGAGGCUGAAGAAACCAAAGGUUACAAGGGACCCUGUCAGGACAGCCACACUGUAAUGUGGCCCUCAAUGACAAUUGACAACACUUGCAUUGUUUCGAAUAUGGACAGUAUGUUAGAAAAUCUUGCCAAAACUGAGUUCAUCAGUGUCUGCGUUCAAAACCCAAAGCGCCAUAAAAAGGACGGCUGGCACUCCCACGUGGACUAUGAAAUCAUUUUAAACACGAAUAGCAUGUGUUUUCGCAAGAAGGCUUCACGUGUGCGGCGGCGUUACAGCGAGUUUGUGUGGCUGCGACAUUGUCUGGAACAAAAUGCCAUCAUCAUAGAAGUGCCCAAGUUGCCCCCUUGGAAUCCUUUCUUCAACCUGAGGAACCCACAGCAAGUCAGCCAAAGGAUGAAGGGCCUGCAGGAGUUUUUAGAAAGUGCUCUUCACACACCGUUGUUGCUGUCCGACAGUCGGCUCCAUCUGUUCCUCCAGUCCGACCUCAGCAUCGCCAAGAUGGAAAGGUGUGCUAUUGGCAAGAGCAGGUACACGGUGGCCGAGGCCAUUCAGCGCUGCGGUGGCGACUGCGUCAGUCGAUUGGAGGACAAGGCCUCGUUUGACUCUGACUAUGAGAGUUCCUUUUCAUCAUCGGGCUUGGGCUUAAGUGUGGACAGCACCAGUCUCAGAAGUCCCCUUCCCUUCCUCGGGUCACCCGGCUCCUGCACUUGUCAUUCAGUCACCCAUAAAGCGGCCGAGUGACGCCUGAGGCGCUGCAUUUAUUCCCUUAUUAACCUCCAGAACAUUUUUCUAAUUGUAUGCUCUUUUUAAAAAAAUUAUAUCUGUGGUGUUUUUUUUUCUUUCUUUGAGUAAUACCUGUUAUUUCAUCGAAUGUGUACUCUGAAAAGAACUAUACAUGUUUUUAAAGAAAUGUACAGUAAACCUAUGUUUAUAAUCUUAAUUGUUUAUAUUUUUAUCUGCUCUGAAGCUGAGGUUAGUUCGGUAUGUUUUCAAUUGUAUUUUUUUUUUAAAGAAAGAUUUAUCAGGAGAACACUUUUAUGAUCUGUUAAAGGAUGAAUAAACUCUUUAUGAAGAAAA